AUGAAUAAAUAUAGGAGCAAUGGUCUUAACAUUGACACGAAUGUGAAUAAUAAUCUGAAUAAAAAACCCUAUCCUUCUUCUGUAGAUUUUGUAAAAACCGGCAAUGAUCUCUCGAUUAAACAAUCAAAAAUCGUGUUAGAUCUGAAAGUUAUCGACCUUCCUGAAACAGGGUAUUUAUACGUCAUGAUACCGAUAGAAUUUUUCGCUUUACCGUCCCAAUGGUUUCCUUCUGAACUCGAGACACCAACAUUACGUAAAUAUGCCAUUAACAAUCCAAAUUUUGAGAUACUUUCGCCGCGUGAAACUAAAUAUAUUAUGAUGAUGGAAUCAAAAGCAAACAAGUCGGUGAUAUUUUUCGAGGGCAGAGGAAAAGUUGUACUAGAACCUAGAUUUUUUUAUCAUACUCGAGAAGGAAUACCGAAAGAAAUAAGUGAAAAGAAUUUUUCUAAAGUUUAUUUUAUGGAUGAUAAUGGAGAGAAAAAUGAUGAUGAAAUCAAGUGUAUCGUUUAUUAA